GUAUCUGCUAGUAUCCUCCUCCUCUCGUCGUCCACAUCUGAGUCUCCGAUUGGAUCCACAACAACCACCGUGACGGAGAUGAUGCCUCUCCUCCCCGUCGCCUUCCUCCUCCUCCUCCUCUGCCUCCCGGAGGCCCCGCCCGCAUCCGCUGCCUCCGGGGACCCGAACCCGACCCCCUGGCCCCCGCAGUUCCACGCGAAGCUGGUCAUGGACUACCACGGCAACCUGUCCGUCGCGGACCUCUGGUACGACUGGCCGGGCGGCCGCAACCUGCACGUCACCCGCUACCAGCUCGCCGCCGACGCGCCCUUCUACGACAACGAGUGGAACAACGGAACCUCCUUCUUCUACACCCCGUCGCGCCGCGCCUGCCACUCCGCCGCCGUCGGGGUCGGCAUCCUCCGCCCCGACUGGCUCCGCCCCGGCGCGGUCUACCUCGGCCGCCGCGACGCCGGCGGCUUCGACUGCCACGUCUGGGCCAAGGCGGACUUCAUCACCUACUACGAGGACGUCAAGACCAAGCGGCCCGUCAAGUGGGUCUUCUACACAGGUAGGAUCGCCUAUGUGAUGAGCUUUGAGGUGGGAGCGGUGCUGGAGGACGCGGCGUGGCAGGCGCCCGAGUACUGCUUCAACAAGGACGGUGGAAUCGCCGAGACCGCCGGUGGGCAUCGUGAUGACAGCUUCGCCCCCUGGAGUGUGUUGUGAGGACUUGUCCUCAACUCCACGUGCUCUCGUGUUGUUUCGGUUCACGAGCGCUAAACUUUAGCACCGGUAUAUUAAAAAUCUCGUCGUCUAGAAGUAUUAAAUAAAAUUUGCUUAAAAAACAAAUUUUUUCACAGAUAAAUAGUAAUUCGCGAGACGAAUUUAAUGAACCUAAUUAAUCCAUAAUUUGCAAACAAACAGUAAUCAUGCACUAAUUAUGGAUUAAUAUAUCUCAAUAGAAAUUCAUAAAAUUCUGCAAUUAGUUUUAUAAUUAAAGUUUAUUUAAUACUUCUAGAUGGUAUAAGCUGAAGUUUAGCCCAAACGGAAUCGAGCACCCCCUUACUGCUUACUCUGUAGAGGUUACGCUUUGAGCAUCAGAGCAUGCAUACCGUGUUCUCUCGGAUCAGAUGAAUCGAAGGACUAUGUAAUUCAUAGCUUGUGUAUUAUGAGAUGGUGCUUGUGUGCAA